AUGACUGAGUUUUUGCGUUUCAACGAAAGUUACGAAGCGUUUGAGCAGCGAUGUACAAACGCGAGCGUUUUCGAUUGCACGGAGGAGGAAAUGUUAUGGUGGAUGAUAGGGCCCCGCCGUUUAUCUCUGACAGUAUUGACGCCGGUGACAGUGGUGUUGCUGCUGAUAUUCGCGACGGGUGUGGCGGGGAAUGUGGCGGUAUGUGUGGUGAUUGUGCGCCAUCCCGCCAUGCACACGGCCACUAACUACUACUUGUUCAGUUUGGCUGUCAGUGAUCUGCUGUUGCUACUGUUCGGUCUCCCAAACGACCUACUUGUGUGCUGGCAUCAGUACCCCUACUUCCUGGGAAUCGUGUUCUGCAAGCUACGGGCCCUCAUUUCAGAAGCGGCCUCCUACGUUUCGGUGCUGACGAUAGUGGCCUUCUCGCUAGAGCGUUACCUCGCUAUCUGUCACCCCUUGCACCUAUACACGAUGGCAGGGCUUCGUCGUGCGCUGCGAAUUGUGGCUGCUAUAUGGGCUCUGGCUAUGGUGGCUGCGGUACCAGUGGCUACAUACACCAGUAUACACUACUUGGACUAUCCACCAGGCUCCGGCAACCUGUCGAGGGAGUCAGCUUUCUGUGCCAUGUUGACCAUGCCUUCCUGGUACUUGUGUGAGCUGAGCAGUCUUCUCUUCUUCAUCCUGCCUGCCUUCAUCAUUCUGGCGCUGUAUGUGCGCAUGGGGCUUCGCAUUAGGUACGUCAUGGGGAGCACGUCGUGCUCCAACGCCGGCAGCCCGGGGACGCUCAACGGCGUCAACGGCAGCGUCCACGGCGAGGCCAGGCAAGCGCAGUCCAGGAAAACCAUCAUCAGGAUGCUAGCCGCCGUGGUCGUGGCCUUCUUCGUGUGCUGGGCCCCCUUCCACUUCCAACGGUUGUUCUACAUCUACGGGAAAGCCACCCCCCACUUCUCCACCAUCAACGAGUACUUGUUCUUUGUGGCCGGCGGACUAUACUACGUGUCGGCAACUGUCAACCCUAUACUGUACAAUGUGAUGAGCCACAGGUACCGGAUAGCGUUCAGAGAAACGCUUUGCUUCGGUCGAGCGAGACGCAAAGCAAACUACAGAGAACAUUCCAGCAUUCGGGAGACGACCGUCAACCACACUUCUGACGGAUCCCACCUCGUCAGAGUUCGGUCGCAGAGCCGAGACAGGAGAAACCGCAUAAGCCACAAAGUCUUCCGUCGCUCGAGCUACACAGAAACCUCUACCAGCGACCGGUGGAAGGUCAACUACUUCAAGACAAAGGACUCCUGUCUGCUGAACAGUGCUGAUUCGUCUCCGUACAACAGCAAGGAGAGUAGACUAGUUAAUGAUGUUAAGAAGAGUGACGUCAGUUUUUGAAGAUUAAGAGUCUAGAAUUUAUGUCAUCGGAAACUUAUUUGAUAAAAAAUAUUGACAUCAGCACCGAUAGCAUAUAGCAAAACAUCAGGUCGUCCCUAUCGCACUAUUGGUAAGUGCGAUCGGGACGGUCUGAUGUUAUAUCAUUUAUCGCGCAACCAUGCUUGAUGCCAGCUUGGUAAACAUGGUUGGUGAAGGUCGAUCUUCUACAGAUCCACCUAUUAAGACAGAAGAGUAAGAUGUAUGGUUCAAUUUUAAGUUAUUUUAUUAUUAUAGAGUUAGCUUAUUAUUUAU